GUGUAUGGUUUUCUGAAUGUUUUAAGCAUUCUGAUGAGUAUUGCUCUGAUGGUGUUUAUGUCGAUUGCUUCACCUGUGAGAGAAGGCUCAUGGAAUCAGACUUGCAGCAGCUAUGAUUGUAGGAAUUCCUACAAUAACUGUUGUAUUGAUUGGGUAGUAUCCAUGCCGUGGGGAAAGAUUGCAGUUGAUGUGGCAAUUCUGGUUGUUGCUGUUGUUGAAUUGGUUGCCUCAUUGCUGGCUACGACUCUGAGUUUCCGCAACACAAAUUGGGUCAAAAUUUGCUGUUUGAAAAAAAAUAUGGAUGAACUGCAAGCUGUUUCAAACUCUGUUAAGAGAACAAGUGAGGACUUGACAGAUGAAAGUUCACCACUGAGUGGCCAAUCACCAGGUAUGAAGCGAUGCUGGAAGCCUUUUGAGAGCAAAGAUCACCGCAAACUGACCAUCACCCUAAGUGUAAUCGAUAUCAUCAUCGGGGUUAUCUGUGUUGUGAUUGGAAUCUUGGGGGUGUUUGUUGAGACCCGAUUUGCACAUGUUGGAAUACCUAUCUGGUCUGGAUUACUGAUAUUUGCUGUGACCGGUAUUUUUGGUCUGUUGAGUGUCACAAAGAAGGGGGAAUAUAUUCCCUGUUUCUUUUCGCUUUCCAUUCUAGCAUUGCUGAUGUCUAUAAACAUGUUGUCAUGGGCUUCUGAUAACAUACAACAUGGGUACUACGACUACAGGAGAGGCUGUAUUGACUGGAGUUGCAACAUCACCACACCAACAAUUUCUCCCUACGAUCGCAACAAUACACUAAGAACCCCUCAACCUCAUUGUUAUGAUUGUUUGCCUGGUUGUUGUCAAAAUGGCAACAUUUACAAGGCUGACAAAACCAAUAAGGUGUUGCUGGACUCGUUCACUGUGGGAUUUGGAGUUUUGGAAAUGUUAAUCUGCAUGGUAACUAUAGGCCUUUCUUUCUCUCAAUUGAGUUGUUACGUAUGUUGCCGCUGCAAUUGUUGCCCACGUGUCAAGGUAGGUUCAUAUUAAACUAAGAAAUAUAAU